AUGAACCCUUUUAUCGAAGUAAGCUCGGAUGCUCAAGAUAGUACCUAUUCAGAUCUUACAGUUCUCUGCGAGUCAUCCGUCUUCAAAGUGUAUAGCUGCAUUGUCUGUCCACAGUCGAGUUUCUUUGAGAAAGCAAUAAGCGGGAAUUUUCAGGAAGCCAUCUCAAGAGAGAUUACUCUUGAAGAUGACCCACUCAUCCUUACAAAGAUAUUUGAUUACCUUUAUUGCGCCACCUAUGACGAUUCUCAAGACACCCCUGAGCAAACUGAAUCAGCAAAGCCAAGCGAGACACCAACUAUAGAUAAUAAGGGAAGCAGGGCACGCAUUAAUACAGAGAUAUACGCCCUUGCUGAUAAGUAUCAGAUUGAGGGAUUAAUAAAGUUGUCUAAACAGAAAUUGCAAUCCCACCUUGAGUCAAACUGGGAAUACCUGGAAUUCAUCGAUACACAUUUGUCCGCUCUUCAACACCAGCAACUGUUUCAUGAUAUCUUGAGAACAUUUGCCACGUUUUCAUAUGAUUUCUCGGCUUUAAUGAUAGAAAAGGUGCUUCAGCUAGAACAGAAACUAUAG